GUCGAUAAUGAACUGUUCAGAUUGAUAAGUUGUUGUGAUGUGGUAAUGACUAUCAGUGAAGGGUGGUCAACAUCAGAGCAUGAUAGAUCAUCAACAACUCGGCCUAGAACACUUCUACGACUUCUCAAGCCCACCUUUACUAUAACAAGUAAAAAUUACUUAACUGUAAAGCCAUUCAAAGCAGAAAGAGCUAUAAGCCGUUGUUCAUCUGAUCCGGUUGCUACUAUCGUGCCUAAAGACCUA